AUGUCGUGGAGCUCAUUCCUUCCACUCGCGCGAAUUUGCAAUCAGCAAUGCGUCAACAGGAUAGACGCCAUUUUUCGUGAACAACGUGAGGCACUUGCGUUUCAGCGCUUCUUGGUUCCUCAGCUUCACCACACGGUUUCUACGCUUGGUGGGGGAGCAUUCGCCGAUAGCAUUGCGCCGGAUAAUUUGAUGAUUGUUUAUGUUGACGAUAAGUAUGCUACCGAUGCGUCUCAUGCCGCUAAUUUCGUGACCAACGGCAUAUCAAGUCCUGACGCGAUGCAUCCCAUCGCGCCUCUCGUAGCUUAUAUUGCUCCUAACGAGUCCGCUUUACCUGUUAGCCCGGCUGCUGUAACCGAGUUUUUAUUACUACGACAAGGCAUCACGCGUUUUGUACGUGAUGACCUUCAAAAAGUCGUCGACAAACAAAAGGAGAACGCGGACAAGCGAGGAUGGAAAGAUAUGUUAACGUUUAACGAAGGUGAUAAGUCCUGUUAUCGACAAGUGGCCUGCCAGACACAUCAGUGA